ACUAUAUCAUCAGUAGUUGAAAAAAAACCGAUACAAACAUUCCUCUUAAGAAAACAGUAUUUUAACUGCCAUUGAAUAAUGUUUAUUGUGGCAGUAACUGGUGGCAUUGCCACGGGAAAAAGUACCAUCAGCAAGGUGUUUCAACGCCAGGGCAUUCCAGUGAUAGACGCAGACAAAAUCGCCAGGGAGAUUGUGGAACCAGGUCAGCCCUGCUGGCACCAGAUUCGGGAGGUCUUCGGAGAUGAGGUCCUCUUGCCAAGCAAGGAAAUUAACCGCGCUGUUCUUGGGAAGAUGAUUUUCGAGGACAAGGAGCUGCGUGGAAAACUAAACAAGAUCACUCAUCCGACCAUCCAUCGCAAAAUCUUCUGGCAGGUGUGCAAACUCCUAGUCACAGGACACGCGUGGAUCGUCCUGGACUUGCCACUGCUCUUUGAAACCGGUGUCCUAAUGGAUUUCAUACACAAGAUCGUCUGUGUAUCAUGCGACUCGGACAAGCAACUUGAGCGGUUAAUAGCACGCAAUGAGCUCUCAGAAAAAGAGGCACGGCAUCGCGUCGAUUCGCAAAUGCCACUUGACCAGAAGUGCGAGAAGUCCCACUUUGUAAUCGACAACAACGGAACCGUGGAGGAGGCGGAAAGCUCUGCCAUGGGAAUUUACAACAUGAUGUGCGACUCUAAGCAACACUGGCUUAACCGCAUCAGCUUUCUCGGGGUGUUCCUAAUCGUGGGCUUCACAAUAUAUAUGAUGCUAAAGGCGUUCAACCGGUUGCCCGAGACCUGGAAGUUGUAGUCCGAUCAAAUGCGUGCCAUACAACUCUAUCUUAUGUGUUACAGCAAAUGAAACCAAACCAAUUAUACAAUUUAAACGCUUGUUAGUGAAAUAUACAAAAGUCACGUAUA